AUGUCCGCCCCCAACUCCGUCCCCGUCUCGCCAGCAUCGUCGAAGCGCUCGCGCAGCAAGGACAGCACGCGAUCCGCCACACACGCCUCGCUCAGCACUCCCGCCGCGAGCACCACCUUCAGCACCCCUGCAGUGAGCACCCACAACCUCCUGCCUGCCUUGCACAUCGAGUCGAAUCCCAAUGGCGACCAGGACCUGGACCCUACCCCCUAUCCCGCCUUCCUGAGGCCGAGAAGAGCAGGCAGGUACACUCGACCUUUGUCCGCCCUUGAUGCCAAAUGGAACGAUCUGGAGUGGGCCCAGAUGAACCGCCUCCGGGACAGCAUGGCCGUGACCGAUACCGAACAGCCUCCCCAGUGGGCGCGUUGCAGCGGCGACGCCUACGCUCCCCGAAAUCGCUACGUCAACGUCGACCCGUACCAGGCGAACAGAGUGCACCUGGACGUUCCAGAGGAUGCAUUCGACUACAUCAACGCUUCGCCCAUUGACCUCAAGUCAACCAAGUCGGGCACAGUCUUGAAGUACAUUGCAACCCAGGGACCCAAGGCUGACAGUUGGUCGCAUUUCUGGCGCAUGAUCUGGCAGCAGAACGAGUCGCCAGCAGUCAUUGUCAUGGUCACCAAAACCCACGAACAGGCCCGUGAAAAGUGCUACCCUUAUUUCCCUCGAUCGACAGCAGAUCCAGACCUGCGCAUCAACGAACAUGAUGAGUUCGGCGACGGAUUCAUACACAAUCUGCACCUGAAGGAAUUAUCCCACGAUCCGGACGCUCGGACCGAAGUCAGGGAGAUCGACUUGACAACCGAAGAUGGAAGCGAAUCGCGUAAGAUUUGGCAUCUGCUCUUCGAAGGCUGGCCAGACUUCUCAGUUCCUGAAGGCGCGGAUAAGUCAGCUUUGCUGAAAAUGGUGGAACUUUCACGCCAGAAAAACUCGGACAACUCGACAAAUCCCCGCAUCGUACAUUGCAGCGCAGGCAUUGGUAGAAGCGGCACCUUCAUUGCUCUUGACUGGCUCAUACAAGAGCUCGAUGAGGGCUCGCUGGACUCCCUGGCUGACGACGACGACCCUGUCUUCAGGGUCGUCGAGAUGCUCAGGGAUCAGCGGCCUAUGAUGGUGCAGUCAAAACAGCAGUUUGUUUUCAUUUACGAUACCCUUCGUGAACAGUGGCGCGAGCGCUGGGUCAGCUCAAACCCCGACGAAGCGAGUCGACUGGGCAUCUCAGCCAAUUCCAGUGACGAGGAACCGGCGCUCAAGAGACAGAAGAGCAAUACGGACGGUGUUACGGAUGCUUCUUUUGUGAGUGAUGCUGAAGAGCGUGCAAAGCUCGAAGCUGAACUCAGUGGCGCCGAUUUCGAAUGA